AUGACCAACAAUAGUUCCGAUUCUGAUCUCAAUCUCCACAUUCCUAAUCCUACUUCUUCUAACGCAAUCAUCCCUAUCUUCUCUAAUCCAAAUCUCCAGUUCUCUUUAUCUCCAAGUUACGAUCAGAGCCCUAGAAGGAAACGCACCAAAACCGUUGCAUCACCCUCUAGUUCUUCACCAAAAUCCACUCCAAGACCAAAAUACCACAAAAAACCAGACCCAAAUGCUCCCAAAAUCACACGCCCAUGUACCGAAUGUGGCAAACAGUUUUGGUCUUUGAAAGCUCUCUUUGGUCACAUGAGAUGUCACCCUGAGCGUCAAUGGCGUGGCAUCAAUCCUCCUCCUAACCAUCGUAGCCCCACCACGGUUUCAUCAUCGAAACAUAUAAACCAGAGAUCACCAAACUGGGUCUCGUUCUUCUCUGAAGAAGACCAUGAAGUCGCUUCUUGUCUCUUAAUGCUGUCUCAUUGCACACCAUCAUCGUCAAGCAGUGACCGGUUCGAGUGUGGAGGGUGCAAGAAAGUGUUUGGAUCACAUCAGGCUUUAGGAGGACACAGAGCGAGCCACAAGAACGUUAAAGGAUGUUUCGCAAUCACUAACGUAACCGAUGAUCCCAUGACGACGGUUACUACUACUUCUGGUCAUGAUCACGAUCAUCAGGGCAGGAUCUUUACGUUUUCGGGGAAUCAUAAGUGUAAUGUGUGUUUUAGAGUGUUCUCGAGUGGUCAGGCUUUAGGAGGUCACAUGAGAUGUCACUGGGAGAAAGAAGAGGAAACGAUGAUCCGUGGUGCGUUGGAUCUGAAUGCUCCUGCAACAAUACAUGAUCUUUCUACUCCAGACACAUCAGGGUGUUCACUAGAUCUUAGGUUACGACUUUGA